AUGAUUGGGCGAAAAGAGCCCGUCGAGGAAGUCGGUCGACUGCCAUACGCAGCACGUGGCCAAGCCAACGCAACCUGUGCAGUGACCAGAGAACAUCAUAAUGAUCGACGCCUAAAAGAAUUGGGCAUCUGGGUCUCCUUAAAAUUGCCCUUCUCACUGCACCAAGAUAAAUCGUCCGAGAAGGCAUUCGCCAUUCUACGGAUGAUCCGACUCACCCUCUCCCGUAUUACUCGCAUGGACUUCUAA